CGUUUUAUGUGUGGUGUAGAUAAUCUAUUUAUUUUUUUGGUCUCCAACGUAUUUAAGAACAACAUCUCGGUAAACACCUAAUAAUAAUAAAGUAACCACAGUGAUAUUUAGUGGUCACAAUGAAACGAAAAUUAUUGUUAUUUUUUGCGUUCAUAACAACAUCAUCAAGUUUCAACCUCGAUCCAUUCAAAUCCGACUUAAUAAUUACUUCAAACUCUUUGGAACAAUCUUUACAAUCAAAAUCGCGUUUAAUUCGAAGCGCCGAUAAAGAUUUCUUUGACGAUGACGUCAUUCCUGAUGAGGAAAAGAAUGUCCCUAAAAUUUAUUCGAUGAGAAUCGAAUCAAACGUAACAAAUCGAUACGCUCAAACUUUAAUCACUAGCAAAGUUCGAAACGAUGCGAAUUCCGCGCAAGAAGCAAUAUUCACGGUGAUCCUCCCCGAAAAAGCUUUCAUCUCUAAAUUUAUUAUGAACAUAAACGGCCAAGAUUACCCCGCUUACGUCAAAGAAAAAGAAGAAGCCAAAAAAAUUUACGAAAACGCCCUCGAGAUGGGCCAAACUGCGGCUCACGUCGUUUCGCGAGAUUCAAAUCGCUUCACGGUUUCUGUAAAUCUGGAACCGUCGAGUAAAGCAACUUUUUAUUUAACCUACGAGGAGUUACUCGAGCGAAAAAAUAACAUAUACGAAUUGGUCGUUAACAUAAACCCGAGGCAACCCGUUAAAAAUCUUGAGGUCGAGGUUGAAAUCCAGGAGAGUUUGCCGUUGAGGAUGGUGCGAGUUGCUCCGAUUCGAUCCGGGAACGAAAUUAUCGAAUCUAAUGAGGAGUUGGAUCCCCAUGCGAAUAUUGAAAGGAUUAAUGAAACUUGUGCCAAAAUUUAUUUUAACCCCAACGUACGAAAACAAAAAGAAUUUGCGAAGUUAAUGAAGCAUCCUGAAAAACAGGGAUUAUCAGGACAAUUUAUUGUGCAGUAUGAUGUCGAAAGAACUCAAAAUGGCGGAGAAGUUUUAUUAGAAGAUGGCUACUUUAUCCACUUCUUUGCACCCCCCGAAAUGGAACCAUUACGAAAAAACGUAAUCUUUGUGUUAGACACAAGCGGAAGUAUGUACGGCACAAAAAUCGAUCAAUUAAAAUCAGCUAUGAAAAAGAUUCUAAACGAAUUACAUCCAAAUGAUAAAUUUGCAUUGAUAGAAUUUAGUACAAAAGUGCACCUUUUAAAUUUAGAUGACACAAAAAUAACUUACUCAGAAAAUCUAGAUGUGUAUCUUCCUCCGAGUAACGAUGUAACUCAAGCGAACAUUCAGAAAGCUGAAUCGAUCAUUUCUGGUCUUUGGCCGUCCUCUUUGACGAAUAUCUACGAUGCGUUGAUGUUUGCGUUGAACUUGAUUAAUCGGUUGGAAGGGGACCCGAAUGAGCCUCAACCGAUUAUCGUUUUUUUAACAGAUGGUGAGGCGACUGUUGGAAAAAGAGAUGAUGAUGAUAUUAUUGAAGGCGUGACUAAUAAUAAUAAAUAUAAAACUCCCAUUUAUUGCUUGUCGUUUGGGAGGCAAGCGGAAAAAAAGGUUCUACAAAAAAUAAGUUUAAAAAAUAAUGGCUUUUCGAGGCACAUUUAUGAAGGAGGAGAUGCUUCCAUUCAAUUGCAAGAUUUUUAUCGGUCAAUUUCUUCGCCGAUUAUGAAUAAUGUUACGUUUAAAUACGUUUCGGAGGCGAAAGAAGUUACGAAAACUAUAUUUCCGAUAAUGUUUAAUGGAAGUGAGAUUGUUGUUACAGGAAAAAUAGAUAAAAACUUCGAAACUCCUCCAAUAAUAUCAGCUUUAACCACGAAAGGACGGAUUGAUUUCAUACCGGAAAUCAAAAAACCCAUCGGAAAAUUGGAACGAAUGUGGGCUUACUUGACCGUGCAACAAUUACUUCAAGAGAAGGAAAUAAGCAAAAACAAUACCGAGGAAAUCAGAAAUAAAGCGCUCAACAUCGCAUUGAAAUACGGCUUUGUAACUCCGGUGAGUUCGAUGGUGGUUGUGAAGCCGAAUUCAACGAAUAGUGUUAAUUUGGAGAAUGCGGGAGAAGAUGAACCUGUGGCGAAUCGCUUAGUGCAAAAUAGCUAUUUCAGCGGAGGGAAUUACAGACAUGCAAUAUUUCAACCAGCUGCAAGUAGGCGAGGUCUCUCAGGUAUCUCGAGUUAUUCACGUCCAUCAGCAACAAAAUCUUUAUUUUCUGCCGCACCAGACAACAUUGUUAGCAAAAGAAGACUAAUUGCCUAUGGUAACCAUUACACCCAUUAUCAGCCUUCCAAUAAUAAGGUCCAGAAUAUUAAUGACCUUAAAACCAAGAUGCCUUGGAUUAACAAUGUUUUACGAAACAAUACACUAAUAACAGAUACAGGUUCAUACAAACUUGACGUAACCAUGCAUAGUGCCGAUGGACUAUCAUGCCCACUAACACCACUUAAUGGAAGUGGUCAUUGCAAAUACAUCCACGAAUGUCCAAAUGUGUUGCGACAUUUAACGGACAUGCAAAUUUUUGGACAAUACCAAUGCGAUUUGAACGGAUAUGCAGCGAUAUGUUGUCCAAUAACUAACUCAUAAAAAUACAAAUUUUAAUAAAAUCAUAUCUCAAAAAGUAAAUGAGAUAUCAAGUUGUAAUAAACAUCAUUUUAU